GAAUAGGUCAAAAGAUAGUCGAGGGCCCAAAACAUACUGCAGAAAUAAUCCAUUUGAGACAGCUUUAACUUCCCUGGCUCAGUGCUAGGGAAUCCUGGGAAACUCUAGUUUGUUGUGGAACCAGAUGCUCUCCGACAGAGAAGGCUCAACAUCUCACAAACCCACAAGUCCCUUGAUGUAGAACUACAACACAUACACACCUACCUUGCUCCUGGAAAGAUGUCACAACAAGAGCCACCACGCCACAAGAUUCAGUUGACCUGGAGGCCACUGGGGCACCUGUUGACCAGCAUGGCAUUCCAGCUUCUGACCUGUGGCUGCUCUUCGGGCUUAAUUCCAACACUGUCACCGCCCAAGAAUGUGAUAAUAAAUGGUGAAAAGAAGACACUAGUAGCUUGCCUGGUGAAAGACCUCUCAGAAGAUGCUUUGGGGGCUGUUUGGUUUUCCAAUGGAAAUGGGAGCAUGCUGCCAUCUUCCAUCUAUGGGAUUUCCAGGGAAGAAGAUGGCACUUUCAGUGCAGUCUCUCAGAUUUCCGUCAGCACCCAAGAUUUUGAAUCAUGGGAUGCUAUUGUUUGCUACGUCGCACAAAACCAAACUUCACAGAUAUGGAACACCACCUCGCUUCAGACAUCUGAAAGAAAUAUGGGCGAGUUGUGCCUAGAUGAAAACCAAGAAGCCUUGGACCAGGCGUUGUUGCUUGGAGUUCUGCAUAACCGCACACAAGUGGUGCUUCUUCUGACCAUCAGAGUUUUACUGUUCAAGAUUAUUCUGUUUGAUGUGUUGAUGUCCUGCUGCAUCCUUUACAAGAAGUAAGCCUAGCCUCAACAUGAGAGAUAUUGUUGUUGUUGCUGUUUUUAAUAAAAGUAAUCUUAUUGUAGAAGAUCAAGCAGAACAAUAUACAUGAAUUAAAUAAGAACACCAACAAACAACAAUACAACAAAACAAACUGUAGAAGCUGUGUUUCAAAUGCCAAAAUAAAAGUU